AUGAAAAACUUCGACAUCUUACCUCAGAGAGAAAUCACUGAAGCUCUCACUGUGCCACACAGGUUUAAGGAUAAUAAACAUGAGCGUCUGGAUGCGGAGGAGAGGCGGUGGAUUCAGGAGAAGGAGAAGGACGUCCUGGCUCCUCUCCUCCUCCGGCUGAACGACACGGAGACUCUGAGCGCAGGAGACGCCAAGCAGAUCCACCAAGACUGUUUGUCCGGGUUCAAACAGAGACUGGUGGAGCAAGCCAACCUCAUUCAGGAACGCUAUGAGAAGGAGACCCAGGAGCUGCAGAGGAAGCAGCGCUCGUUCCAGAAGAACCAGCUCCACAUGACGAAGGGCCAGGAGAAGGAUUACCAGACCUACUGUACCGAGAAAAUACUACGAAUAAACGUCGCCAAGAAACGCCUGAAAAUGCACAAGGAAGCAGCUCCUCACAAGUACAAAGCUCUGGAUCAGAGGCUGAAGCGAGACCCUCGACUGGCGCCUCACCUGCUUUACUGAGCCAGGCGUCUUUUAAAGUACUAUAUGAACAAACUUUCCAUACAGAAAAGAGUUUAGAAAUCCUCCUUCACACAUGCCUUUUUUGACUUAUUUUUCCUGUGUUGUUAAUCUUUACAAACUGCUUACAAAUGUUGUGAAAAUGAACCUGCAUAACAUGUUAUCUUUGUUAUCUUAACAUAAAGGGGAUCCAUCUACUUUUCAGAAAAUAAAGUUCAGGAACAGAAAAGAA